GGCAUUUUCCUGUCUUCACAGCUGCUUUGCCUCUGAGCUGCCACCCAAAACCGACUCGCUUGGAUGAGUCUGGUGGGGUAGGGGCAGGAGGAGGAGUUGGGGUGGAGGAGGAAGCCCGUCCCAGUCGACUCUAGGCUUUGCCUAAUUGCAGAGAGCCUUGCAGACCAGAUCCAGGGUUGCCUACUUUCACUGUGGUCCUACGCUAAGUAUCUGGAAGACCUCAAUAGAAAUUUCUGGGGUCCAGGACCCAGAAACUCUAAGAAAAACUUUCUGCAUCCCCUAGGCCUUUGCUCUUUCUCAGAACAGCUCUGGCCUCAGUGCUCUGGCUUUGUGUGGAGGCCUCCUUGCCCUGGACUGGACUCUUGGGGAGGCGAGGACCCUGGAAGCAGGGCACAGGAGGGUCGCCUGUGAAUGUGAGUGGCAGGAGCUGCCACGCCCCAAGACUGUGCACUGCACAGGUCUCCACCUCUUCUGGCAAGUUUAACCUAUGAGUGCACAGCUCAGCUGCCCAGGAUCCCGAGCCUAGGAACAGGAACACAGCCCAGGCAAGGGGCAUCCGAAUCUGCCCCAGCCCACAGCUGCCGGAGCCUCCUCUUGGUGCCUUGUCUUCCAGCCAGCCUCUCCGGGAUACCUGCAGCCAUGCUGAACUACGCAUGCAUCCUGGUACUCUUGGGAGCUACCACCACAGAAACGGAUGGGACUUCAGGAGAUGGCCGUCUACACUGGGAGCCCCAGUGUCAGCAGCCAGUGCCUAAGGGUACGCCCAUCACUGUGGUCCCACUCCCACUCCUCACAGGGCCCUGGAUCUCAACCGGCUGUGAGGUCCGCCCAGGGCCAGAAUUCCUCACCCGCUCCUACACCUUCUACUCCAACCACCUCUUCCGAGCCUACCAGUUCUACUACAGGGACCCCUCCUGCCAGCAGCCUACCCACUCACUGCUCAUUAAGGGCAAAGUUCAUCUGCGCCAGGCCUCCUGGGUCACCCCGGGUGCCACCGAGGCCGACUACCAUCUGCACAAGGUGGGUAUAGUCUUUCACAGCCACCACGCCCUGCUUGACAUAGCCAGGCGCCUCAACCAGACCCAGGCUGGUCAGGACUGCACAGGACGGCUGCCCCCAGGCCAGGCCUGGCUGCCAGGGACACUGUAUGAACUUCUGAGCUCCCAGGUCCCAGGUGACUGCAUGGUGGCACUGGGCUUCAGCAUGCAUGAACUCAGUCUGCUGUGCCUGCAACGUCACAUCCAACAGCAGCCUGGGUUGGCACCUCAUCUAGUCGAGGAGUUGUUCCUUGGGGAUGUCCACACCGACUGGGCAGAGAGACAGCACUACCGUCCCACCGGCUACCAGAGCCCCCUGCAAAGUGUUGUGCACCACACUCGGCCCUGCCCGGCUUGCAGCCUCCUCGCCCACUCCAACGAGCACCGCCCACCUGUCCUGCCUUCCCGGCCAACCCUGCCUCUGCGCCUCGGUGGCCACUGGGUCAGCGUGGGCUGCGAGGCAAGGCCUGCGGUGCUGUUCCUCACUCGGCAUUUCAGCUUUGAUGACCGCAAACGCUCCUGGGAAGGGCGCUACCACCAUUUCUCCGACCCUGCCUGCCGCCGGCCUACCUUCACCGUGUUUGCGGCUGGCCACUACUCCGGAGGCACCCCAUCCCCUAGAGUCCACGGUGGCACCGAGCUGACAUUUGUGGUUACGCGGGCCCAUGUGACCCCCAUGGACCGGGGCACUACAGACAUACUCAACUUCUCCAAGCCAAGCAGCUGUGGUGGCCCAGGAAUCUGGUCAGUAGGUACGGAGAGGGAUGUCACAGCCACCAACGGGUGCCUGCCCUUGGGCAUCAGGCUCCCACAUGUAGAGUAUGAGCUAUUCAAAAUGGAACAAGACCCCCAUGGGCAAAGCCUGCUCUUCAUUGGACAGAGGCCCACAGAUGGGUCCAGUCCUGAUACUCCUGAGAAACGCCCUACCUCCUUUCAGGCCCCCCUGAUGCUCUGCAAGAGGCAGGCCCAAGGGGCCCCCAGGCCCUCACGGCAAUGGCCUCCGAUGCAGAGACCCCCCAUUGGGUGGGCCCCAAGUCUUCCUGCCAUCUCUCUCCCCUUGCUAUUCCUGACUCAAGAACUGGCCUUCUCUGAAUGGCUAUAACAUCAGCCUUUAACUUCCAUGGGAGCCCCUCGAACGCUGUAUGGCCCUCCCACAGACACCCACCUGGCUCUGUGUUGUCGGAGCAUUAUGGGGGAAGGACAGCCCUUCUCCGUUGCUCUGUCUUGGAUGAACAUAUGGCCCUGCCACCUCUAGUUUCGCUUGCAUCCCACAGCGCUCACCAGAACUACAAAGCCAGGACCAUAGACCAUGGCUAUGGCUGCAAGAUGCUGUUUCUAAAACCCUACUGCUAGUUUAAAUGGUGUCGGUUUACUGGCUCCUCCUCACCUUGGGUAUUGAGACCGAGAGAGCAUCCAAGGAUGGUGCCCAAGGUGCCUCCUGCUGCUUGGCCAGGUUCUGGGUUGCGGUGUAGAGAUUAUUAAUUUGAAUUUAACAAUACAAACUCAGCCAGGGCAUGAAUUAAAGAUGCCGCUGGGGGCUUUCAGUGCCUCUCUGCUCUCUGGCAAAGGGCUCGUCUCUCUGGGGCCAGCUGCAUUCUUGAAUUCUGCCUGUUGGCAUAUUCAGGCAUCUGCCUUUGCUUCUGUAAGUCAGACCUCAAGCUGGCCACACAGCACACGGAUAAACCCGGUCCUCCAGGGCCACAGAGCACGGGAAGAGGGCUUGAUCUGAGCUGAGACCUUGGCCUCUCCCCGCAAGCUGAGGCCUCUAAGACUCCCUCGCCCACGCAUAGCGCAUAGCUCUCGCAAGCUUAGGGCUAGCCAGGCAGGGCACGGUCCGCAGAGGAAAGUGCAUCUCUGCCUUUGGAAACUAAUUAAUACUAAUGAUAGCUUCGGCACAAUGUGCUCUGUAAUUAGCCCCGCAUCUCCUUCCAGAACCUACUGCUGUCAACAGACAGAGAGGAACACAGCUAGCAUCUUCGGGGCUGCCCCAGGGGGAGGUCAGGGCCACGAGGCUGCGCAACAGCAUCUGGGGGCGGGACCCAGCAAGCCUGGCCUCCCAAGUCCCCACGCUAAUAUGUCGGGUUCUCAUCCGCUCAGGGGGGCUGUCAUCACGGUGGGGACCCCGCUCGUAGGCCUAGGCCUCAUCUGCACACUGCGAGAUUAACUGGUGUCCUAGUGGGCUCAAGGGUUUUCAGGACUGUGAGCCACUUGUUCCCAGCUCCUUUUGCCUCCUCCCACCCGUGUCUCUUAUCACAGAUCUUGAACAAUCCUAUAUGAGGCUAAUGAUGCAUGCCGAGGAAAGCCCUUGGCCUCUGAAACUGUGUGUGGUUCAAUCAGGCCAAGGAGACUGCUCUAACUUAUUAUCCGAGAGAGAGAGAGAGAGAGAGAGAGAGAGAGAGAGAGAGAGAGAGAGAGAGAGAGAGAGAGAGAGAGAGAGAGAGAGAACCAAGUUAAUAUUCUCUGUGGGUCCCAGACAGCUACGAGUGCUCCUGGAGUAUUUACCAAAGUACAAGGAAUAAUGAGAUUAUUUACAGCCCUGGGUUACAUGGCAGUGGGGAGGGAGGCUAGGCCUGUGGGGAUGACAGUAGGUGUCGAGGACACAGCCGUGGCUGAGAGAGCCUCUCUCUGAGGCUUGAAGCAACCAUGCCAACGUUCAUCAUCAAAUUUAAAUCUUUUAAUAAAGUUAAACAGCCUGAAAAAUGUUCUCACUGGUUAUCAAAGCCAACCAACGGGACUAUAGUUCCAAAGAAAAGGCAUGUGGGAGAGAAAACAAAGCAGGGGUGAAGCCCCGCCCGCUGUGCCCUCCCAAAUCCCAGCUCCCUCAUCCCUCUAUUCUGCCUCCCACACAGCUGUCUACAGAGUUCGG